AUCUGGCAUCCACAUCAUUAUUUAUGUUAAUUUUGAUAUGUAAUUAAAUAUAUUUAUACUAUAGGCUUUAUAAAAGAAAGAGGAAAUACUUACCGUUCUCUGCAAUAUAGUUCCCUAUAACAUCUUUCCGUGUUUCCAUAUAUUCGCUCUUUUGACGAAAUGCAGGACCUUAACACUCCUGUGCCUUCUUCACUGGGCGUACCUGCUGUGCGUUUCGAUGUAAAUAAAGAAUUUCAAAAUCGCAGUUUGCCUCCUGAUCGUGAUAGUUCCAUUGCAAGACUUCAACGUAAGUCAUGGAUACGUUCUAAUAAUGAAAGGCGGUCAAAUCGGGAAGCACUUACGACUUUACUAUCAUCUCAUGGUGAUAACUCCAAUGAUUGUAUAGAGAGGUUGUUGGCUGAAGAAAUAUCAUAUCGGGAUUUGGCGUCACUCUCAUGCUCCGAUUUACAAUUGAUGGGUUUCAAAGACUCCAAAGAACGUCAAGAGCUAAUAACGUUUUUUUCAGAACUACCAAAUCAGGAUCCAACGUAUAAAGAAAUAUGUGAAUUGCCUGAAGCAAAGACAUAUAAUCGUGAAAUUUUGGGCAAGGCUAUUGACCAUUUGGACAACAUGCGUUCAGCUCUAUCCGCUAUCAACUAUAAAUUGAAGAUUUUGCCUCCGGAUGACAUAAUCGUAGGAGAAAAAAGUUUUGCGAGUCGUUUUGUGCUGGAAUCACUAGCAGAGUUAAAGGCCGUAACUUUUGAAAUCGAUAAAGAGAUUGACGACUUAACUAAGAUUCAACUGGACAAAUGUUAUAGGCAGUUGGCUGACGUUAAUGUUAAAAGACGUGGCUACAGUUCUUUUGGUAUUUGGGCAUUAAUUUGCACGAUGGCAGCGGUCGGAGUCUGUGCCUCAUUUUACAUUCCCAAACUGAUCAGAAAUUAAAGAAUCAUAUUUUUUACAGAAUUUACAUACUCAUGAUUAUAUAUUUCAUGAAUUUCAAAAUUGAUUUAUUACAUUUCCUUAUAUAAAAUUAUAUGUACACAUAUACAUAUAUUAUUAUAUACAUAUGUAUACAUAUAGUAU